UUUUUUUUUUUGAUAAUCCAGGUAUCCGUACUUCUCACUUAGUCCGAUUAUCCCACCGCGUCCAACCGGAACUGGCGAAGAAGAUCCUGGAGACCAAACGGAAACCAUGUUAAAUCCGCUGUGACCGGGACUCGAACUCGUGAUGGCGGGCACCUCAGCCGAGGUUCCUUUACCACUAGACCACUAGGCCCGGUUAACGUGGCAUGUUUUACUAGAUGAUCUUAUAUAUUGAGUACCUUGUAUAUACUAAUAUAGGAGAAGUGUAGUUAUUAUUCUUUGAUACCUCAAGGAUGUCCACUGUGUUGGAGCCGGAUUUUACCCCGGUCCAGACCUGGUUUGAGAUCUGAAUACUGAAAAGUCCAAAAUCCAGCACUAUCAAGAUCCAAGAAUGAAACAUAGGUUCGCGAAGAUCAAAAUCCACCCCGAGCUCAAGGAGUCUAACCCACUCGGCAAGUCAACACAUAACGUAAAUGAAUCAAAUAAAUUAAAGAGUAUUAUAAAAGUACUUCUCAUAUAGCUAAACUAUACUCUGUUGAUAUUUAUACUCCAUUAUUGUCAAGCACCCUAUGUACUGUUAUCAAAUCAUCAAUAAACCAUAUAUUUUCCAUGAUUGAUUUUAAUCUAGUAGAGAAGAGCCUAAAGAGACACCCAAAAAUCAAAAUAACGACAAAAAAUGUGAUAAAAAAAUCCAUGUAGAAUCUUUAGCUUCGUCCAAAUGUUAGGAAAUGUUAAUGAAAAUUCUCGCCGUUGCCUGUGAUCGAACCCGAGUCACCCACGUGACAGGCGGGAAUAAACAGAGUUUUUGUUUUUAAAAGUUAGACCGGGCUAAACCAAUCUUAUUACAUAUAAAUUUGAGAUGACAAUUCGAAUUCGUUUCAAACACACAACAGAGAAGCUUCAAACACAAAGCUUCUUCCGUCGUUAAACUUCAUCAAUCUGAAUCCUAAGCUCUCGUCAUCAAAACCAACACCUUUGAUUCUUACAAUUCCCUCACAUUCGUUUGUGUUAUGAAACUUCAUCGCGUCUGCUCAAAAAGAACACUUGCUGCCUCUUUACAACACCUCCGCUUCCUCCAAACACCUCGUAUCGAUGCUCGCAUCAUCAAAACCGGUUUCAACACAGACACUUGCCGUUCCAAUUUCAUCCUCGAGGACUUUCUCCGUGGAGGUCAAGUUUCCUCUGCACGCAAGGUGUACGACGAAAUGCCUCACAAGAACACCGUCUCCACAAACACCAUGAUCUCCGGCUACGUCAAGUCCGGUGACGUUUCCUCCGCUAGAGAUCUCUUUGACGCCAUGGUGGAUCGAACCGUGGUCACUUGGACUAUCUUGAUGGGGCUGUACGCUAGGAACAACCGGUUCGACGAAGCCUUCGAGCUUUUCAGACAGAUGUGCAGGUCUUGUACCUUGCCUGAUCAUGUCACCUUUACUACUCUUUUACCAGGGUGUGAUGACGCGGUUGCGGUGGCGCAAGUUCAUGCCUUUGCCGUCAAGUUAGGGUUUGAUAGGAACCCUUUUCUCACUGUUUGCAAUGUCUUUGUUAAGUCUUAUUGCGAGAUAGGGAGGCGUGAUUUGGCACGUGUGGUGUUUGAGCAGAUUAGAGAUAAGGACUCUGUCACGUUCAACACGCUUAUUACAGGGUACGAGAAGGAUGGUUUGUACGUUGAGGCGGUUCGUCUCUUUGUCGAAAUGCAGCAGUUGGGUCACAAGCCUUCGGAUUUCACGUUUUCUGGUGUUCUCAAGGCCGUUGUUGGGCUUCAUGAUUAUGUUCUUGGUCAGCAACUCCAUGGUUUAGCGGUUUCUACUGGAUUCUCCAGGGAUGUGGCUGUUGGGAAUCAGAUUCUUGAUUUCUACUCGAAGCAUGAUUGUGUUGUAGAGACUAGGAAGCUUUUCAACGAGAUGCCUGAGUUGGAUUUUGUUUCUUACAAUGUGGUCAUCUCAGGGUAUUCACAGGCUGAGCAAUACGAGGAAUCCUUGGGACUGUUCAGAGAGAUGCAGUCCAUGGGGUUUGAUCGGAGAAACUACCCUUUCGCGACGGUGCUGAGUAUUGCAGCUAACUUGUCUUUGUUGCAGAUGGGUCGACAAGUGCACUGCCAGGCCAUCGUUGUGACUGCUGAUUCAAUCCCUCAUGUCGGAAACUCUUUAGUGGAUAUGUACGCGAAGUGUGAGAUGUUUGAGGAAGCUGAGUUGAUAUUCGAGAGUCUAUCACAACAGAGCACUGUUUCAUGGACUGCGUUGAUCUCAGGUUAUGUUCAGAAAGGGCUUCAUGGAGAUGGUCUUAAACUGUUCACCAAGAUGCGAGGAGCGAACCUACGAGCAGACCAGUCCACUUUCGCUACUGUACUGAGAGCUUCGGCUGGUUUCGCUUCUUUGUCGCUGGGGAGACAACUCCACGGGUUCAUAAUAAGGUCAGGGAACUCAGAGAACGUCUUCUCCGGUUCUGGACUUGUUGAUAUGUACGCCAAGUGUGGUUCUAUCAAAGACGCGGUACAAGUGUUCCAAGAGAUGCCUGACAGGAAUGGAGUUUCUUGGAAUGCUUUGAUCUCAGCUUACGCUGACAACGGAGACGGAGAAGCAGCGAUUGAUGCGUUUGAGAGAAUGAUUCACUCAGGUCUCCAGCCAGAUUCAGUCAGCGUCUUGAGCGUCUUGACUGCAUGUAGUCACUCUGGAUUCGUUGAACAAGGAACCGAAUAUUUCGAAGCAAUGUCUCGGAUCUACGGGAUCACUCCAGGAAGGAAACACUACGCCUGCAUGCUGGAUCUGCUGUGCAGGAACGGGAGAUUUGAAGAAGCAGAGAAGCUGAUGGAGGAAAUGCCCUUUGAGCCAGAUGAGAUAAUGUGGUCAUCAGUGCUGAACGCAUGCCGGAUUCACAAGAACCAAAGCCUUGCUGAGAGAGCAGCAGAGAAGCUCUUUAGCAUGGAGAAGCUCAGAGACGCUGCUGCUUACGUAAGCAUGUCAAAUAUCUAUGCAACAGCAGGGGAAUGGGAAAACGUUAGUCUUGUCAAGAAAGCGAUGCGUGAACGCGGCAUCAAGAAAGUUACUGCGUCUAGCUGGGUUGAAGUGAGCCACAAGAUUCACGACUUCUCAUCGAAUGACCAGAGACACCCGAGGGGAGAUGAGAUUGUGAGAAAGGUCAAUGAACUGACAGCCGAGAUUGAAAGACUAGGGUACAAGCCUGACACGAGUUGUGUAGGACAAGACGUAGAUGAGCAGAUGAAGAUCGAGUCGCUUAAGUUCCACAGUGAGCGUUUAGCGGUUGCGUUUGCUCUUAUCAGCACACCAGAAGGGUCUCCGAUCCUUGUGAUGAAGAACUUGAGAGCAUGCAGGGAUUGCCACGCUGCGAUAAAACUGAUAUCGAAGGUUGUAAAGAGGGAGAUAACUAUAAGGGACUCAAGAAGAUUCCAUCACUUUAGAGAUGGGCUCUGUUCUUGUGGGGAUUACUGGUGA